UGAAUUAGACCCGACACGGAUCACCACCAUGUUUAAUCGACGAAGCCAGAAAAGAAAAAAGGUCCAAAAAAAAACAAAAAGCUAAAUAAUUUCAUCCAGCUCAAUUCAAACUUAAGCUUAUGCUUCUUUACUAGAGUUUCACUUAUUUCGAUUUGAACACAGAGCCGAGCACUGCUAGGAUCCGGCGCUGGUCGUCUUAGUUUUCUUUCUCUGAGACUGAACGGUAGUAAUUCCCCGUUCUGGCGCUCUUAUAUGUUUCAGUUCUCUAGAUAUCAGUUGUUCCGUGAGUUAUUUGCAUUCGCUUUGCAUUGCAAAAUACAUUAAUAUUCAUUGCAUUCUUCAAUCAGUUAGUUAAAAAACCGUAAAUCUCUGUGCACAUAAAUCCCUGUUCACAUACCACGUCAAGAAAAUGCAGCCUAAAAUAGAAAAACCGGACGUCGUAGUUGAAAUCGCCAGUAGCGACGACGAUGAAGACGGUCCUCACGUCAACCCAACUUCUAAUAAGACGACACCUCAAACUCAAUGCGUACCCCUAAUACAGCAGCUACAGAAACCGCAAGGCGUUUCAUCAAUUACAUGCACACCACCGCUUCCGGUAAGAGAUGCGUUCGAGUCCAGAAGUUUUUGGAAAGCCGGGGCUUUUGCUGUGGGACCCACCACUCUACUGGCUCCUUCUGCUGAAGGUUCAUUGGAGCAUGCUCGUGUACACCCUAAAUUUCUGCAUUCAAAUGCUACUUCUCAUAAAUGGGCGUUUGGAGCAAUUGCUGAGCUGUUGGAUAAUGCCAUCGAUGAGGUACAAAAUGGUGCGACCUUUGUGAAGGUUGACAAAAUUGAUAUCAUGAAGGAUGGCUCUCCAGCUUUACUUUUCCAAGAUGAUGGCGGUGGAAUGAAUCCUGAAUGUCUGCGAAAAUGCAUGAGCUUGGGCUAUUCGACAAAGAAGGGAAGCUCGACAAUUGGACAAUAUGGUAAUGGAUUCAAGACAAGUACCAUGCGACUUGGUGCUGAUGUUAUUGUAUUUAGUCGUGCAACUGAUGCAAGGAAAGCUACCCAGAGUGUUGGUCUUCUAUCUUAUACCUUUUUGCGGAAAACUCAGCAGAAUGAUGUGUUUGUUCCAAUGAUUGAUUUUGAUAUUUCUAGUCAUGUGGCAGACCCAAUAACAUAUGGUUCACAGGAUGAUUGGUCUUCUAACUUGAAAACCAUCCUUGAAUGGUCACCUUUUGCAUCAAAGACUGAGCUCAUGGAACAGUUUGAGGAAAUUGGACCACAUGGAACAAAAGUGAUUAUUUAUAACUUGUGGCUGAAUGAUGAGGGCAUAUAUGAACUGAAUUUUGAUGACGAUGAUGAGGAUAUACGUUUGAGGGAUGAAGCUAACCAUGGACAUUUGAAAAAAUUGUCCAAACGAGCACUUGAACUUCAAUCCCAUAUCUCUUACCGCAUUCGUUACUCAUUAAGGGCAUAUGCUUCUGUUUUGUAUCUGAGAAAGUUCGAGAACUUCAAAAUUAUAUUAAGGGGAAUACCAGUAGUGCAGUUUCACAUUACAGAUGAGUUGAUAUGUAAGAAGGUGAUACCAUAUAGGCCUCAACUAGGUACAUCAACGAAAGAGGUUUGUGUGGAAACUACUAUUGGAGUUUUUAAGGAUGCACCUGCUCUUACUGUUUGUGGAUUGAAUGUGUACCAUAAAAAUCGCCUCAUCAGGCCCUUCUGGAAGGUCAAUGGUGAAGGUUCUAUAAGAGGGAGUGGUGUUGUUGGAGUUCUGGAAGCAAAUUUCAUGGAACCAACACAUGAUAAGCAGGAUUUUGAGAGGUCUGCACUGUUUGUUCGGAUGGAAUCGAGGCUGAAGCAGAUGAUAAUUGAAUACUGGAAAGACAACUAUCAUAUAAUUGCACUUCAGCUUCCUAAUUCCAGGGCACAUAAUAUGCUAAAGAGAAACCCUGGCCAACCUCCUGAUAGACAUGCAGUUGACAGUCAGAAGCAAAUGCUUUCUGACCAGCAAAAUGUCAAAUUUUCAUCUAAUGUGAAUGAAGGGAUGCAUCUAGAUCAACCUAUUGUUGGUCAUCAGGCAAACAUGAGGGAGGGCAUGAUAAAUGAGCAUCCUGCAAUACAAACUAGUAUUGGACACACUGAUGGGUGUAACAAUGAAGUCAUGUAUGAAGAUCGUCUAAUGUCAAUGUCAGUUGAUCAGUUAUGUGAAGAGAACAUAAACCUUUUCAUGAAGUGUGAGGAGGCCAGGCAGAAGGAGGCUGAAUUGAAUAAAAUGAUUGGGGAAUUAGAGAAGCGGGUGGAGCAAGCGAAAAGGAGGAAUGUACAAAUGUCAUUGCACUUGGAGGCCAGGAAGAAGAUUUUGGAACAAGCAAAAAAGCUUCCAUAGAAGUAAUUUUGAAGUUGUUGCCUUGUUUGAGGGACAACCAUGACGACCUAAUGAUCUUUCCUGGGAAAUAGCAUUUGAAGUUCUACUUUUUCUCUGUUUAAUGAAAGAUCUUCAUGAUCAAUUUGGAAUGGGUUAGGCUUAUUUGUAUAGUUCAGUUUUGUCUUCUGGUUCUUUGGGAUUUCCUCUAAAUUGGAUGUCUUGCUAGUUGGCUUUGAGUACACUGAUAGCCACAUUGGAAACAGCUCGUGAAUGGUUCAACUCGAUUAUCAGAUUAAUUGUAAACCUUGAAAACAAGAUGUAACAUGAAAUGAAACAACUCUUUGUGAAA